GUCCGGCGGGCAGCUUGCGGCUGCGCCGGCCGGCUUGGCGCUGGGCGACCUCCCUGUAAGCAGGGCCGGGUCCUUUGCUUUGCUUGGCGUUGGCCUUUUGCCAUCGCGCUCCUGUGGCUGCCCGGAGAGAGGGGCAACCGCCCUGUAAGGAGGGCGAGAGUGCCCGCCUCCGCGCCCGAGGGGGGAAACGGAGCUCUCCCGACCCCCGGCCCGCCCGCCCUGUAAGCAGGGCAGGGCUUUUUCCCUUGGCACCUUUGGUGCCUUCUGGCGGCCCCUGGCCAGAGUGACCCCCCCGUAGUCGGGGCGUGUCACAGCCUGUGUCCCUUUGCCCCUCAGCACGCUGAGGCCCUUUUGGCCCGUGCGCAGCCCGGGGCCACUAACGGGCUUCGCUCCGUCCUCGGGAACAAGGGGCAAGCCCGAGGCUCUCCUCUCCUGCUCGGCGGCAGGGCCGGCUCCCCACGGCUCGGCGCACAGAGCUUGCUCCCUCUUCUGGGACGUUCCCCCUUUGUGUCCUUGUCCCGUCGGUGUGAGUGAGCGAGCGAGCGAGCUGGUCCCUCCUGUAGCCCCCGUAGAGAUGUAGGCAGCGUAGCUUAGACUUCCCAGGAGGGAAAGAGGGGCUCUGUGCACCAACCCGUGGGGAGCCAGCCCCGGCGCCGAGCAGGAGAGGAGAGCCUCGGGCUCGCCCCCUGUUCCCGAGGAGGGAGCGAAGCCCGCUGGUGGCGUCGCGGGCACCGGGGGCCGCCCGUCCUGCUGGCCAUGUGCCAGCGUGGGCCUCCCCCCGUCCUCGGGGUGGGGCCCUGUCCCUGCCGGCCUUAGGCCGCGAGGCCGUUGUUGGGAGUGCCGGGCCUCGGGGGGGCGGCCCCCUAAGUGGGGCUUUGUGCGUCCCCCCUGCUCGGCGGGCGGUUGGAGGGACCCCCUGUAAUCAGGCGGGUGUCCCGCGGGGUCCCCCGGCCUCUCACGGGCGUGGGGCUGGGCGUGUGCCCUCCCUGCCCUCGGGGCCCAGCUCAGGGCCUUAGGCCACGAGCCCCGGUGCCUGGCCCUUGAGCCAGGUACUUGAUGCCGCGGGGGAAGGCCGAGCUCCGUGGCUCCCUGGGCGUGGACCCGCCUGUAAGCAGGGUCCGGGUCUGGGAGCCUUUGCGCUCCCUCAGCUGGCAGCCUGUGCGGGGCGACCGCCCCGUUAGCGGGGAGCGGGUCAGGUGGCCCCCGAAGCGGAGAGAAGGAGCCUCCGCAGGCCUUUGGGCCCAGGGCCCCCCUGUAAGUCGGGGCCAGUGCCCUGGUGUCCCAGGCGCUUUGUGGUCCGGGCAGCGGCCGGAGGCCCCUGUAAGCAGGGCGGCAGCCUCUUUGGCCGCUGCUUCGCGUGCCCAGCUGCCUUUGCCCAGAGGGCCCGGCUCCCCGCAGCCCGGGUGGGACUGCGCCGUGCGUCGCCGUGAAGCCGUCGGAGAAGAGAGCGGAAGAGGCGUCGCGCGGGACGGCAGCGCCGGCGCGGGAAGACGCCGCGGAGCCCUCCCAGAAGAAAGCAGAGCCGUGGAGCGGGACGGCGAGGCAAGAGCGAGGAAGAAGAGCGUCGGCUUCGCGCUGAAGAGGGGGCGGGAGAGAGGCCCUCUGGGCAAAGGCCCCUCCCUGGCAUCCCCGGGGCAGGGAUCCCUCAGAGUCCGGCGGGCAGCUUGCGGCUGCGCCGGCCGGCUUGGCGCUGGGCGACCUCCCUGUAAGCAGGGCCGGGUCCUUUGCUUUGCUUGGCGUUGGCCUUUUGCCAUCGCGCUCCUGUGGCUGCCCGGAGAGAGGGGCAACCGCCCUGUAAGGAGGGCGAGAGUGCCCGCCUCCGCGCCCGAGGGGGGAAACGGAGCUCUCCUGACCCCCGGCCCGCCCGCCCUGUAAGCAGGGCAGGGCUUUUUCCCUUGGCACCUUUGGUGCCUUCUGGCGGCCCCUGGCCAGAGUGACCCCCCGUAGUCGGGGCGUGUCACAGCCUGUGUCCCUUUGCCCCUCAGCACGCUGAGGCCCUUUUGGCCCGUGCGCAGCCCGGGGCCACUAACGGGCUUCGCUCCGUCCUCGGGAACAAGGGGCAAGCCCGAGGCUCUCCUCUCCUGCUCGGCGGCAGGGCCGGCUCCCCACGGCUCGGCGCACAGAGCUUGCUCCCUCUUCUGGGACGUUCCCCCUUUGUGUCCUUGUCCCGUCGGUGUGAGUGAGCGAGCGAGCGAGCUGGUCCCUCCUGUAGCCCCCGUAGAGAUGUAGGCAGCGUAGCUUAGACUUCCCAGGAGGGAAAGAGGGGCUCUGUGCACCAACCCGUGGGGAGCCAGCCCCGGCGCCGAGCAGGAGAGGAGAGCCUCGGGCUCGCCCCCUGUUCCCGAGGAGGGAGCGAAGCCCGCUGGUGGCGUCGCGGGCACCGGGGGCCGCCCGUCCUGCUGGCCAUGUGCCAGCGUGGGCCUCCCCCCGUCCUCGGGGUGGGGCCCUGUCCCUGCCGGCCUUAGGCCGCGAGGCCGUUGUUGGGAGUGCCGGGCCUCGGGGGGGCGGCCCCCUAAGUGGGGCUUUGUGCGUCCCCCCUGCUCGGCGGGCGGUUGGAGGGACCCCCUGUAAUCAGGCGGGUGUCCCGCGGGGUCCCCCGGCCUCUCACGGGCGUGGGGCUGGGCGUGUGCCCUCCCUGCCCUCGGGGCCCAGCUCAGGGCCUUAGGCCACGAGCCCCGGUGCCUGGCCCUUGAGCCAGGUACUUGAUGCCGCGGGGGAAGGCCGAGCUCCGUGGCUCCCUGGGCGUGGACCCGCCUGUAAGCAGGGUCCGGGUCUGGGAGCCUUUGCGCUCCCUCAGCUGGCAGCCUGUGCGGGGCGACCGCCCCGUUAGCGGGGAGCGGGUCAGGUGGCCCCCGAAGCGGAGAGAAGGAGCCUCCGCAGGCCUUUGGGCCCAGGGCCCCCCUGUAAGUCGGGGCCAGUGCCCUGGUGUCCCAGGCGCUUUGUGGUCCGGGCAGCGGCCGGAGGCCCCUGUAAGCAGGGCGGCAGCCUCUUUGGCCGCUGCUUCGCGUGCCCAGCUGCCUUUGCCCAGAGGGCCCGGCUCCCCGCAGCCCGGGUGGGACUGCGCCGUGCGUCGCCGUGAAGCCGUCGGAGAAGAGAGCGGAAGAGGCGUCGCGCGGGACGGCAGCGCCGGCGCGGGAAGACGCCGCGGAGCCCUCCCAGAAGAAAGCAGAGCCGUGGAGCGGGACGGCGAGGCAAGAGCGAGGAAGAAGAGCGUCGGCUUCGCGCUGAAGAGGGGGCGGGAGAGAGGCCCUCUGGGCAAAGGCCCCUCCCUGGCAUCCCCGGGGCAGGGAUCCCUCAGAGUCCGGCGGGCAGCUUGCGGCUGCGCCGGCCGGCUUGGCGCUGGGCGACCUCCCUGUAAGCAGGGCCGGGUCCUUUGCUUUGCUUGGCGUUGGCCUUUUGCCAUCGCGCUCCUGUGGCUGCCCGGAGAGAGGGGCAACCGCCCUGUAAGGAGGGCGAGAGUGCCCGCCUCCGCGCCCGAGGGGGGAAACGGAGCUCUCCCGACCCCCGGCCCGCCCGCCCUGUAAGCAGGGCAGGGCUUUUUCCCUUGGCACCUUUGGUGCCUUCUGGCGGCCCCUGGCCAGAGUGACCCCCCGUAGUCGGGGCGUGUCACAGCCUGUGUCCCUUUGCCCCUCAGCACGCUGAGGCCCUUUUGGCCCGUGCGCAGCCCGGGGCCACUAACGGGCUUCGCUCCGUCCUCGGGAACAAGGGCAAGCCCGAGGCUCUCCUCUCCUGCUCGGCGGCAGGGCCGGCUCCCCACGGCUCGGCGCACAGAGCUUGCUCCCUCUUCUGGGACGUUCCCCCUUUGUG